AUGCCCGAUGACUUGCAGGGGAGUCCGUUACCAACGGACAGAGCACUUGGUGUGCGAUGGGAUUCGGAGAAGGACAAAAUUUUGUUCCAACUCCAGCUAUCUGAGAAGACGGCUUGUCUUCGUUGGUCAGCCUUUACGAUCCAUUGGGUUCGUCGCACUGUGGCUACUGCUGGGCAAGAUUCAGCUGCAGGACCUGAUUAG